AUGUCAGAACAAAUAAUCAAAACCAUAACUGUUUUACCAGGUGAUCAUGUUGGUACAGAAAUUACAAAUGAAGCCAUUAAAGUACUAAAAGCAAUUGAAAAUUCAACUCCGUUUCAUAAUAUAAAAUUUGAAUUUAAAAAUCACUUGAUAGGAGGAGCAGCAAUUGAUGCAACUGGUGAACCAUUACCACAAGAAUCCCUUGAAAGUGCAAAAAAUUCAGAUGCUGUUUUAUUAGGUGCUGUUGGUGGACCUAAAUGGGGUACUGGAUCAGUAAGACCAGAACAAGGAUUAUUAAAAAUUAGAAAAGAAUUAAAUUUAUAUGCUAAUAUUAGACCAUGUAAUUUUAUAAGUGAUUCAUUAUUAGAGCUUAGUCCAAUUAGAUCAGAUAUUGUAAGGGGAACAAAUUUAACUAUUGUUCGAGAAUUAGUUGGUGGAAUAUAUUUUGGAGAAAGACAAGAACAAAAUGAAAGUAAUGAUGGUAAAACAGCAUGGGAUACUGAAAAAUAUACCGUUGCUGAAGUACAAAGAAUUACAAGAAUGGCUGCAUUUAUGGCAUUACAACAUAAUCCACCAUUACCUAUAUGGUCAUUAGAUAAAGCUAAUGUAUUAGCAAGUUCAAGAUUAUGGAGAAAAACUGUAGAUGAAACAAUAACCACCGAGUUUCCAAAUUUAAAUAUUCAACAUCAAUUAAUUGAUAGUGCAGCAAUGAUAUUAAUUCAAAAUCCAACUAAAUUAAAUGGUAUUAUAAUUACAUCAAAUAUGUUUGGAGAUAUUAUUUCAGAUGAAGCAAGUGUUAUACCAGGAAGUUUAGGAUUAUUACCAUCAGCAUCAUUAGCUUCAUUACCAAACACCAAUAAAGCAUUUGGAUUAUAUGAACCAUGUCAUGGAUCAGCUCCAGAUUUACCUGAAAAUAAAGUAAAUCCAAUAGCUACAAUUUUAUCAGUUUCAUUAAUGUUAAGAUUAAGUUUAGAUUGUAUUGAAGAAUCUCAAGCUUUAGAUGAAGCAGUUAAACAAGUUUUGGAUUCGGGUAUAAGAACUGCUGAUUUAAAAGGUGAUAAUACUACAAAGGAAGUUGGUGAUGCUAUUGCUGAAACAGUUACAAAAAUUUUAAAAUCUAAAAAAUAA